AGUUGCUUUCGCUCGAGGUCAACAUGUCAUUGGGAGCUUUCGCUCAGGAAUAUGUGAUCCGCUCCUUCUACAUUCCAACCAAUCUCUCGAAGAAGUCCAGUCCGGCGAUUAAAGCGACGGUCAUUACUAUUUGUGAACGUAUUCCUGAGUCAUGCGACACAGCAUGCUCUGCUGCUGAAAUAGUUUUAAGUGCGAUCGGAGUCCAACUAGCCAUCUAG